UGCUUGGCUGACUCCCUCUGCUCCCCCGCGCGCUCCUCCUUCGGUGAGAAGAAGUCAAAUCACCUCGAGACGGUCGGUGGAGUGACAAGAUGGCGGAGUGAGUGGGUUGCUCUUUGGAAGGAAGAAGCGACUCAUUUAAUUCAUAAAAAUAUAAAUCGACCAGGGAAGAUUAAGUUUAGUUCGUGGGUCGUAUCGGACUUUCGACAAACAAAGGGAAGGCAUCGCCCCUCACACCGAGGUGGUUCACGAAGGAAGAGUCGUUGUCGAAUUGCGAAUUGCAGUUCUGCUGGUGUCCUUUCGAUUUCUCGCUAGCAGGCUAGCUAGCUGGCUAUCUAGAAACUGGAAAUACUGGACUUCUGACAAAGCCCAUCCGUUUGGAGCCUUUUCAGGGAACCUUGAUGUUUUGCUCGAUCCUGACGGACUCCGACAAAAAUAAACGAUAUUAAUGUUUUGUGUUCCUAGAAUUCGUUUGCUAGUUACUUGGUAACAAUUAUAGAACAGGCUAGCUUGAUCUUCUGCUAACGCUAGCUAGCUACAUUGUUUCAAGUGAGAGUCGUCCACGACAAACAAGGACUGAAUGUUCUGAUUACCGUAGGGCCUAAGGGAAGCGGCGGUUCAGUCCCAUAAUAACAAAAUUUUAAACUGAUCGAGUGUUGGUCGUGACUCGAGGACAUGGCAAGUAGCAGCGGCUCUAAAGCCGAAUUCAUAGUCGGUGGGAAAUACAAGCUUGUUCGAAAAAUCGGAUCUGGGUCAUUUGGUGACAUAUACCUGGCAAUCAAUAUCACAAAUGGAGAGGAGGUAGCAGUAAAGUUGGAAUCUCAGAAGGCCAGACACCCCCAGCUUUUAUAUGAAAGCAAAUUGUAUAAAAUACUUCAAGGUGGAGUCGGGAUCCCACACAUCAGGUGGUAUGGCCAAGAGAAGGACUACAACGUCCUAGUCAUGGACCUGCUGGGGCCCAGUCUGGAGGACCUCUUCAACUUCUGCUCCCGCAGGUUCACCAUGAAAACUGUUCUAAUGCUCGCAGAUCAGAUGAUCAGCAGAAUUGAAUAUGUGCACACAAAAAACUUCAUCCACAGAGACAUCAAGCCAGACAACUUUUUAAUGGGCAUCGGGCGCCACUGUAAUAAGUGUUUAGAAACUCCGAUUGGGAAGAGGAAGAGAAGCUUGGCCGUUAGUUCCUCUCAGGACCCAUCUUUCUCAGGAUUAAACCAGUUGUUCCUCAUUGACUUUGGUUUGGCCAAAAAAUACCGGGAUAACCGGACGCGGCAGCACAUACCCUACAGAGAAGACAAGAAUCUCACUGGCACGGCUCGCUACGCCAGCAUCAACGCACACCUGGGCAUCGAGCAGAGUCGCCGAGAUGACAUGGAGUCGCUAGGAUAUGUGCUCAUGUACUUCAACAGAACCAGCCUCCCCUGGCAGGGACUGAAGGCUGCCACAAAGAAACAGAAGUACGAGAAGAUUAGCGAGAAAAAGAUGUCGACCCCUGUGGAGGUGUUGUGUAAGGGUUUCCCAGCGGAGUUUGCCAUGUACCUGAACUACUGCCGUGGCCUGCGCUUCGAGGAGGCGCCCGACUACAUGUACCUGCGGCAGCUCUUCCGCAUUCUCUUCAGGACUCUGAACCACCAGUAUGACUACACAUUCGACUGGACUAUGCUGAAGCAGAAAGCAGCCCAGCAGGCGGCUUCCUCAGGGGGCCAAGGCCAGCAGGCACAAACCCCCACAGGCAAGCAAACUGACAAACCCAAGAGUAACAUGAAAGGUUUCUGAGCAUUAAGACAAUGUAUUGAAGCAGAGCAGAGAGGUCGUAGCAGGAUUUGCCUUCCAAUCACACCCCGGCAUCUAGGAUCAACCUCACCAGACCCUCGCCAGGCAUUGUGGGCAACCCUUUCCUGUUAAAAAUGAACAUUGUUGUUCCAUAUACUAUAUAUGUAAUCGGUAUAUAUAGAUAACAUGCUCCGCAUCUAUCUAUGUAUUGGUAUGUAUAUACUAUAUUCACACAGAGAGAGCAGGCUUGGUAUGGAGUUCAAAGCUGUAGCCUUUUCUAUUGUCCUGUCCCUGAAGACUUCUUUUUUUUUUUCUUGUGUUUUAUUUUAAAACUUGCAAAGGAAAAAAAUGUAGAAAAUGGUCGACUCGCAGAGGAUAUAAUUGUGCACAUGCCAAUGUUUUCCCUGAGCUCUCUCCUUCAGGAUGCGGCUGGUGGGAGGUGAAGGGGGGGGGGGGGUCUUUCCUCACCUGUCAGCUGCACAUCACCGUGCCCCCCCCCAUCUCCAGUCACGCCGCGUGGCUCCACCCACCCACCCCCCCCCAAAACACUUAUACAUCUGAGAUUUAAUUUUUCUUCUUUUUUCUUCUAUUUUAUUUUUUUUUUAUUCCUACAUCCUCAAGUAAAUGAGACCAUGUAAACUUAACCUGUUUCUGUCACAAAUGAAUCCUGGGUCUUACUAAGCAAAACAUUGGGUUUCUGUUUUUUCUUAAUUAAAAAAAGAGGUAAUUAAAAAUUUUGCCUGCUGAUAUGUGCUAGAAGAGCUUCUAAUGUGAAGAAGAAAUCGAUUCUAGUGACUACUAGGUUUCUCGUUAGAAAGCUGCAUUAACUAUAUUGUACUUGGUAUUCUGAAGUCGAAAAAAAAAGGAAAAAAAAAAAAGAAUAAAAAAAAUAAACUCCACAAAAGCAUAUUCAUUACAAAUUAGGCAUCUCAACUAAACCUGUAUGUUAAUUGCUUAGAUGAAAACUGUAUGCAUCAAUGAUACUUUUUUUUUCUCCUCCCCCCCCCCCCCCUCUCGUUUGGAAGUAUGGAUGUUUGAUUGACGGACGUACCCAUUCAUCCUGUUCAUUUGAUUUGCAACAACGGCCUCCAUGUUCCCUACUGAGACACGUGCCCCCUUCACUCCAGCCCUCCCCCUUAUCAUUUUUAUAUGCAUAUAUAUACACUUUUUUAUCAGAGGAAAAAUUACUUUUUCAGUUUUAUAGAGUUGUCUUUCCCUGUUUUGAAUUGAUCAUUUGGGGGAAAGGGUGUUUUUUUUGUUGCUUCUUCCUGCAGUGAAGCAGAUCCUCUUGUAAGAUAUCUCUGGGCCUUUCUCUGCUAAACUCAAUUUGUUUUUCUCUCGCUGCUGUUUAGAGUAGCGACCGUUUGCUCUUUUCUGUUUCUUUUUUUUUAUUGCAAGAAAAAAAAAAGUUGAGGGUUUCUUUUCUAUAUAUUUUGGACAUCUUGUAAAAGCAAGAUCCAUUUUAGUUCCUCUCAGCCUUUAGUCCCAAGCAGAUGCACACCAGUAAAAUGGCUGCCUCCUCUUCCUCCUUAUUAUCCCCCUCUGACCCAGCUUAAGACAUUUACUGCUGGACAUUCUAUAAAAGUGUAAUUUAUUCCCUUUUAGCAUGUCAGAAUAAAUUAAAAUGACUUCUCAGAACCACUGUCCCAGCCUCUGUAAUUUGAAGAGAACCUACACUACUUUGGGCCCAAACAGCCACUUUUUAUUUCUUUUUUUUUUUUUCUUACUCCAUAUGUUCCAGUCUUUGAUAUGUUUACCUCUUAGUCUCCGACACAACCCAUGCAUUGUAAAGUCUUGAAUCAACUGAAUGAGAAUUAAGAUUGAGAGAGUCAAUGCUUCGAUCUGGAAUUUUUUUUUUCUUUUCUUUCUUUUUCCCGAAGGUUUUGGUUGCCAGAGAUACAGGGGUCUAUUGAAAUGGUCUAAAGGUGUUGCUGUAAACUAGGAUCAGUUCCUGUUAACUGGUUUUAGGGGUGAUGGGUAGUUGUAGGGUGCUUGUGGUGAUGUUUUAAUCUUACGGGAUUUAUAUCUGUAAAUAUUAAAAAAGAAGCUUCAAAUGGC